UCCUUCUCGAGCAGCAACAUACAACAACAACAACAACAACAACAGCAAUUAUUUAGCGAUUAAUGGCUGCUGGUGGAGUUGCUAAUGAAGUGAUUUCGUUGCGUACCUCUAAUGUAAAUGUAAAAAAGGUUAAGUUUUACAUGCAAAACUUACAACUAAUCCUUUAAUGGGUGUAAUGAUUAAUGAGAAAGACGCUCGUUGUUUUCACGAAACAUGCACUAAACUCAUACCAUUCCAGUUAGUAAUUAGGAAAAAUAAUUUAUUUUUUCCUUGACCAGCAUAGAAAAACAGUGUUCCAUUUAGUGAGUGAGUGAGUGAAUUAAAUUUUUCGCAAAAACCAAACAAAAAAAAAACCAUUGAACCCCGCCUAAUGAUGAAUGACGCAUGCCAAUAUUGGAAUUGAUUGACACACCUACAUCGUUUUAGUGUAUGGAUGCAUUACAAAUCGGGGGCCAGUAAUGUCCCCCUUAAAACCAUUUAGAAUAACAUGCAGGCCCCGGUUGGGCCGAAUUACAUAUGCCUCAUACAAUGGGCAAUCAUACAGUGUGUGUUCGUGCUGCUGACGAAAACUGUUAUUGUACUAGCUGGUCCUAGAUACAGUUCUCGUAUCGUCGAAACGAAAUCCGGUGCUAUUCGUGGUGUGAUUUUGGAAUUGAACUCAAGACAUUUAGAGCCAGUUGAAGUGUUUAAAGCUGUUCCUUACGCACUGCCACCGGUUGGUAAUCAACGGUUUGAAGAACCGAAAAGUUUACCGCCUUGGAAGGGCACGAAAUUGGCAGACACAUUUGCACCCGUGUGUCCACAGAAUUUUCCAGACAUAACAAACCGAACGGCUGCAUUAAUGUAUAUGCCAAAAGGACGUUAUCAGUAUCUAAAACGGCUUAUACCACUACUGGCGAAUCAAAGCGAGGAUUGUCUAACACUAAACAUAUAUGUACCCGGUUCAGGUAACCGUGGAUUAGAGGCACCGUAUGCAGUAUUUUUUUAUGUACAUGGUGAAUCGUUCGAAUACGGAUCGGGGAAUCCGUAUGAUGGAUCGGUUUUAGCUAGUUAUGGACAUAUUAUCGUAAUAACUGUUAAUUUUCGAUUAGGAAUUCUUGGUUUUAUUAAAACACGUGCUUCUAGUUUACCUGGUUCGGGUGGUAAUUUGGGACUUAUGGAUAUAUUAGCUGCCUUACAUUGGACACGGGAUAAUAUAGCUGCAUUUGGUGGUGAUCCAUCAAGAGUUACAAUAGUUGGACACGAUACUGGAGCAGCAUUGGCUAAUUUGGUGCUGAUAUCGAAAGCUGGAAAAGCGUUGAUCCAUCGUGCAAUAUUGCUUAGUGGUUCGGCAUUGAGUCCAUGGUCCGUUAUACCUGAUCCAGAUAGUGUGCGCGUAGAAGUAUCUCAACAAAUGGCAUGCCAUUUAGAUACAAAUGGAAAUAAUCGAUUAAAUAAGGACGUUACAAAUGAUAUAACAAAUUGUUUGCGAUCGAAACCACUAGAGGCUAUCAUGGGCGUGAGAUUACCGAAUGUUAGAUUCAUGCCUUCAUGGGGACCAUUUUUGCCAUUAGACGAUGCACCGGAUCCAGAAUUUGGUAUGGAACAUGCCGGUCAAGGAUUCAUUACGAAAGAACUGAUGAUCGGCAUGACCACAACGGAAAGCUAUAACGAUUUUAAUGCGGCAGACAUUCAAUAUGGCUUGGAGGAAGAACAACGAAACCGUCUACUCAGAACAUACAUACGGAAUGCUUUCUCCUUCCAUUUAAAUGAAAUCUUUUCGGCUGUUCGAAAUGAGUAUACGGAUUGGGACAAACCAAUUCAACACCCCAUUAAUAUUAGAGAUUCAACAAUGGAAGCAUUAAGUGAUGGUCAUACUGUGGCACCAUUGAUAAAGGUCGGCUACCUACAUGCCAGACGUGGGGCAAAAACGUAUUUGUUCCAUUUCGGUUAUCAAACAAAAGACAGUGAAUAUCCACAACGUCUCGGAAGUGUACGUGGCGAAGAUCUACCGUACAUAUUCGGUCUACCGCUGGUAUUGGGCAUGCCAAACUUUUCGCAAAACUUUUCACGCCAGGAUAUGGGUGUGGCUGAAGCAAUUUUGAAUUUUGUUACAAAUUUCUGUAAGACAGGUGAUCCAAACGAAGCUGGUCACCAACAGGCUAUGCUUCAUCCUGACUAUGGCACGGCUAGAGAACGAACACGGUACAGGGGAAUUACAUGGGAAACUUAUGAAACUACGUCGCAGCAGUAUUUAAGUAUAUCACUUAAACCAAAAAUGAAGAGUCAUUAUCGAGGCCAUAAAAUGGCUGUAUGGUUAAAUUUAAUACCGCAACUACAUCGACCCGGUGAUGCAGAAGUAUCAAUGAGACAUCAUCAUUUUCGUGAGCGGGAACCUCAUUAUUACGCUGGCAACGUCCGUGAGGAAUCAUUCACUCGUCCGAAGCAACAUUAUCAAAAUGGUGUGGUAAAUGGUGUACAAGAAUCGAGACAGGAAGGAUUCGGGCCUGAAUGUACUCCAGAUACCACGCUAGGCGAUUCACUAUUGGAUACUGAAGAGCCGUUAACAUUAAAUGAAGAGGAGGAGGAACUAUUACAAAGACUGGCCACUAGGCAUUACUAUAGCAGUUACACAGCAGCUUUGGGAGUAACGGUUGGCGUUGGUUGUUUACUACUCGUACUAAAUAUGCUAAUAUUUGCGGGCAUAUAUUAUCAUCGCGAGAGAUCCCGCCGGAAAACUCGAACAAGUCGCUGCAAUAAUGGCUCUACGUCCGGGCACGAAAGUCCCAUCGAUGGCGAUAUUCCCUUAACGGUGCGGCCAGGAACUUCACCCGGUAAAAGUAAACAAGAACCACCACCGAGUUAUACGACCCUCCAGAGAAGUCCUUGUACACAUAGAGACAAAGGUACACUCAACAAAAAUAUGUGCGAUGCAUAUAAACAACAGCAGAAUAUUCAAUCAUCUCAGCAUCAUCAUACAGUAACACUGUGUCAAAAUCAACAUCCGAAAAAUGCUUCAACAAAAACACACAAUCCACCUCAACCACCCACUCGAACGUCAAGUAAUCCGCCAGCAUCCAAUGUUAAUCAAAUUGAAAAACAACUAGAACAUCAUACACAAGUUCAUCAACAACAAGGUGGCAUUUGUGGGAACAAUGGGAACAGUGGUAUUAGUGAAAUGGGUAGUGGAAGUGGCGGCAUCGGUUGUAGUAGCAGCAGCAGUGGGGCGAAUAGUUGCGUUCAAAACUAUAACAGCAACCAUAGCAAUACAUCAACGUUGAAAAAACGUGUUCAGAUUCAAGAGAUUACCGUAUAGCACAGGUACACAGCUGAAGAAGCUGUGUGAGAAACAAAUUUUAUUAGCACAAAAACGGGAAAUUAAAAGUAAUAAAAAGUGAGAAAUGAGGCAAAAGGGUUUUUAUGAUAAAACUAAUGAUUCAUGUUGUUUAUUUGCCGGCGGGAAAUGGAGUGUGGAAGACAUUUAUUGUUGUGAAGAUGUGAUUGAUAUAAUACAUUAAACUGUGUAAAAAAAACCAUUCUGUAUAUGGUGUGUGCUCUGUUGUUUGAGUCACACUCUACACUCUUUUUUUAGAUGUGUACUAACUUGUGUAUUUAGGCGAACGUAUUACAUUUAUAGCUGAAAUAACUUUUUAGAAAUAUUUACGAAACGGUCACGACUUGUACUUAAUUUCAAACCUGGUUAGCACGUUCGUCAGUCAGCACUGCAGAAUUUAAAUUAUGAAUUUUAGAAUGGAAAUUGAAGUGGAGAACUUGGGAGAACGUAACAAGCAGCACCCUUCUCUGCAAAUGUAAAACAAUAUUUGUGUCGUGAGAUUGUUUUUGAUGAAUUAAAAUCUAGUCUGCUCGCUACUGAACAUUCUCAUCUUUGUCGAGGCAAAGACAAUUUUUGGUAGAGAACGGUUUGCCGGCUAUUGACAACCGUAGAUGUUGAGCAGGACUUUGGACACCUGCUGUCGUAAGUAAAUUGAAAUCGUAACACAGUAUCGCCUUGAAUUCCAUUGUGCAAGGUUAAAUUUACUAUCGACUAGUGUUUCACAGUACCAUUGACCGUGUUUCCUCCUCUAGCUGUUGAAUAUGACCGAGGAAGGAAACGGAGGACUAUUUUUGGAAAAAAAAAAUUUCUGCAUUUUCCUAAAUUAUCUUUUGGAAAAAUGCUAUCUUCUGAUAGACAGUCGUUGAAUAUGACAGACAGGAGAAAAAACUUACCAAAAUUUGGAUGAGAUUACCAGCCAAGUUUCCGGAACUAAAGAUCGACUGAGCAUCCUUUUCACAUGUUUUAUGUGCUUACUGACGACAGGAGUGAAAGUGUGUAUCAUUAAAAUCCAGGUAAAAAAUUCCUAACGUUUCUAUUGACGGAAAGCGGAAAUUUAAUUUUUCUUAUUUCUGAUGAACCAAAUUUUGUAAAUUGGACUAAACGUACGGAGUUGUACUCAUACCCAUGUCGUAGAAAGGGAAAUAAUUCGAUAAAAAAUCUAUUCCAAAAAUAAAAUUGAAUUCCCAAAAAUCUCAUGGAAGAUUUUAGAUGAAACUUUAACUGAAUGCAGGAUUUGUGUUGCAAUUUUUGAAUUUUCAAAGGAAAUCAUUUUGUAAAAAUUGUGCUACGAUCAAUAUUGAAAAAGUCGUGUUGUAACUGAACCAUAAAAUAGUUUGCAAAACUGAACGAAACUAUUUAAUUACUAAGCCAAACGUUCUCUGUAUAUGUUUGAGGUAAGUUAUUACACUAAAAUUAAAUUAAGAAAAUGAAAAUAAAUUAAUUGACAAAGCGGUUUUGAACCGUCAAAGCAAAACAGUAGAUAACGAAAUUAAAGUAAAGAAAAAUGAAAACCGAAACUCUCUUCCCAUAGACAAACCUUCAUUAUUUUGGUAGAUGGUUGUUUUGCGACC